AUGUCCGAACAAAUCCUCGCAGGAAAGACAUGCCUCGUCACCGGUGGCGGCGGCGGCCUAGGCAAAGCAAUCGCAACGCACUUCCUCGAAGCCGGCGCCAACGUCGUAAUCUGCGAUGUGAACGAGGAACGUCUGCAAGCGACCUCAGCCGAACUCUCCCCCAAGGGUCCCCUGAAGGCCAUCAAGACGGAUAUCACCCAGACCAGCGAAGUGGAGAGCCUGUUUGAGACGCUGAUUGGCGAAUACGGCAAAAUCGACGUCCUCGUCAACAACGCCGGCAUCAUGGACCACUUCGACCCGAUCGGCGAUCUGGACAUGGAGCUUUGGGAUCGCGUCUUGGCGAUUAAUCUCACUGCCCCGGCUCUGCUGAGCAAAUUGGCUGUUCGGAACAUGCUGGCGCAGCCGAAGCCGGAUGGGCGCAUUAUUAAUAUUGUUUCUGUUGCUGGGAAGGCUGGAUGGGCUAGUGGUGCUGCCUACACGGCUAGCAAGCACGGUCUGGUCGGAUUGACCAAGAGCACGGCUGCGUACUAUGGCAACAAGGGCAUCAAGUGCAAUGCUUUGAUGAUGGGCGGCAUGGAAACCAACAUCGCGGAUGCGUUUAGCAAGGGAAUGCAUAUGGGGGGCUAUGAGAAGAUGAUCGGUGUCCUCAAUGCCAUCCAAGCUCCUCCCGUCGACGUGAAUGAGGUUGCAGGGUUCUGUGUGAACAUGACAUAUGGAAAGGGCGCCGGCCAGAUCAACGGCGCGACCAUCGCUAUUGAUAACGGCUGGACUUCCAUCGUCGGGUAG